AUGCUUUACAUCUCUCGCCCCAUGCUGGGAAUAUUUGAUAACUUAGGCCACAUGCACGUGGGGUAUCUGGGCUUUGACUUCUUCACGGUACAGCCCAUUCAGGCGGACGUAUACUUCUUUCGAUCGAUAUUCCACAAUUGGGCGGACAAACACUGCAUCAAGAUUCUCCAAAACCUCAUCCCGGCCCUAGAGCCGGGCGCUAGAGCGGUUAUCCACGAGGGCAUCCUUCCAGGCCUUGAAGGUCUAAGCACAGCUGAUGCGCGAAGGGCAAUAAACUUGCAUAUAGGAAUGCAGCAGCUUCUGAAUGCCCAGAAGCGUGAGAUGCACGAAUGGCCCGAGCUAUUCCGUAGAGCGGACCCUCGUUUUCGAUACGUGGGAGCCAAGAAGCCUACCGGUGCCAUGCGUUGGAUCAUUGAAGCUGAGUGGCAAGAGUAG